UUGAGACAGGUUGAAGCAGACUCCAGAGCCAGACAAAUAGUGUUAACAGUACAUUAUCCUCGCCAUAGGAUACAUCUUGUUGCUACUCAAAAACACUGAAAAACAGUGUAAACUGUAAAGCAAAAUGGACUCCCUAAACCUCAACUUCAAGUCCACCUUCCUCACCAACAUCCCACUCCCAAUCCCACACUUCCCUUCUCACAAAUCACCUUCAUCAACAAAACCCAAAACCACAAUCCAUUCCUCUUCUUCUUCUUCAUCAGUGACACCAGACCCAUGGUCUCUCAGCGAUGGCAACGACCCAACCAAGCCAAAACCCAGGUCCAAAAACUCCAAAAACCCACUCUCCGACGACAACGCAAGGCGCAUAAUCAAGGCCAAGGCUCAGUACCUUAGUCAGCUGCGCAAGAACCAGGGCUCGCGAGCGCAGACACCCAAGUGGAUUAAGAGGACGCCGGAGCAAAUGGUGAAGUAUCUUCAGGAUGAUCGGAAUGGCCACCUGUACGGUCGGCAUGUGGUGGCGGCGAUAAGGCAGGUGAGGGCUUUGGCUGUGAGAGGUGAAGGUGGGUAUGAUAUGAGAGAGGUGAUGGCUUCGUUUGUGGGGAAGCUGAGUUUUAGAGAGAUGUGUGUGGUUUUGAAGGAGCAGAAAGGUUGGAGGCAAGCUAGGGACUUCUUUGCUUGGAUGAAACUUCAGUUAAGCUAUCGCCCUAGUGUUAUUGUCUACACAAUUGUCCUGCGCAUAUAUGGGCAAGUUGGAAAGAUUAAGAUGUCUGAGGAGACCUUCUUGGAGAUGCUUGAAGCAGGAUGUGAACCUGAUGAAGUUGCUUGUGGUACCAUGAUCUGUACAUAUGCCAAAUGGGGACGUCAUAAGGCUAUGUUGUCAUUUUUUUCUGCUGUACAAGAAAGGGGAAUUAUACUCACUGCUGCAGUUUUCAAUUUUAUGAUGUCAUCCUUGCAAAAGAAAUCACUCCAUGGAAAGGUUAUAGAAAUUUGGAGGCAGAUGGUUGAUAAAGGGGUUGCACCCAAUCAUUUCACUUAUACAGUUGUCAUCAGCUCACUCGUUAAAGAAGGUCUUCUUGAGGAAGCUUUCGGGACUUUUUCUGAGAUGAAAAAUUUUGGAUUUGUUCCGGAGGAGGUUACGUAUAGCCUACUUAUUAAUUUAAGUAACAAAAAUGGUAAUCGAGAGGAAGCUCUAAGAUUGUAUGAGGACAUGAGAUCCCAGAAAAUAGUUCCAAGUAACUAUACCUGUGCUUCGCUUCUAGCUUUGUAUUACAAAAAUGAAGAUUACUCUAAAGCCCUUUCUCUCUUUUCGGAAAUGGAAAGAAAAAAAAUUGCAGCCGAUGAAGUAAUCUAUGGUUUGCUCAUAAGAAUAUAUGGAAAACUUGGUCUUUAUGAGGAUGCUCAAAAAACAUUUGAAGAGACUGAGCAGCUGGGCCUACUUAGUGACGAGAAAACUUAUUUGGCAAUGGCACAAGUCCAUCUCAAUUCAGGGAAUGUUGAGAAAGCUGUAAAAAUUAUUGAGCUAAUGAAAUCUAGAAACAUUUGGUUCUCAAGGUUUGCUUAUAUUGUCUUAUUGCAAUGUUAUGUUAUGAAAGAAGAUUUGAACUCUGCUGAAGUCACAUUUGAGGCUCUGUCCAAGACUGGACUUCCUGAUUCUGGUUCCUGUAAUGAUUUGCUCAAUUUGUAUAUUAGACUGGGCUUGAUGGAAAAGGCCAGGGAUUUUAUUGCUCAGAUAAGGAAAGAUAAAGUAGAUUUUGAUGAGGAGCUUUACAAGACAGUUUUGAGAGUAUAUUGCAAAGAAGGAAUGCUAAGAGACACUGAGCAGCUAUUAGAAGAGAUGGGUACUGAUCAAUCGUUCAAGGAUAAUCGAUUCAUCUUAACAUGUUUUAGGGCUAUGCAUAACCAGAUCGAAGAUGACCAACUUGAUAAAAAAGUUUUGGCAUUUGAUCAUCCUGACACUAUGGCUAUUGAGCUCAUGCUCAAUUUGUAUUUGGCAGAUGAAAAUCUCAUGAAAACAGAAGAAAUACUAAAAUUGCUGCUUCAAACUGCUGGUGGCUUGUCAAUUGCGGGUCAGGUCAUUAACAAGUUCAUUAGAGAAGGUGAUGCACUUAAAGCAGAAACUCUUACUGGUCUGUUGAUCAAGCUAGGCUGCAGACUUCAGGGUGCUACGGUUGCUUCUUUGAUUAGUUUAUUUGCAAAGCAACGCAAGCUGAAAAAAGCCCAGGAAGUCUUUUCAGCAGUUGCAGAUUCUUCUACAUGUGAAAAGUCAAUAUAUAACUCAAUGAUUGAUGCAUAUGCCAAGUGUGGCAGACCAGAGGAGGCAUACUCACUUUAUAAACAAGUAGCUGAGAAAGGGCAUGAUGUGAAUGCUGUUGGCAUCAGCAUAGUUGUGAAUGCUUUGACGAAUAUUGGGAAACAUCGAGAGGCAGAGAAUAUUAUCUGUGAAAGUCUUGAAGGCAGCUCGGAGCUAGAUACUGUGGCAUACAAUACCUUUAUCAAGGCCAUGCUAGGAGCAGGCAAAUUGCAUUUUGCAUCCAGCAUCUAUGAUCGCAUGCUUUCCUCAGGGAUUUCUCCAUCAAUUCAGACAUACAACACCAUGAUCAGUGUGUAUGGACGGGGUCGAAAGUUGGAUAGGGCUGUGGAGAUGUUCAACACAGCUCGCAGCUUGGGUUUGUGUCUGGAUGAGAAGGCAUACAUGAAUCUGAUAAGCUAUUAUGGGAAGGCUGGUAAGAGGCAUGAAGCUUCCCAGUUAUUCACCAAGAUGCUGGAAGAAGGGAUAAAACCUGGAAUGGUCAGCUACAAUAUCAUGAUAAAUGUAUAUGCUACUGCAGGACUUUAUCAUGAAGUAAAUGAACUUUUUCAAGCCAUGCAGAGGGAUGGUUGCUUGCCCGACUCCUUUACCUACCUUUCCCUUGUUCGGGCUUACACCGAGAGUUUGAAAUACUCAGAAGCCGAUGAAACCAUUGAUUCUAUGCAGAAAAGAGGCAUCCCCACUUCUUGUGCACAUUUUAACCUCUUACUCUCUGCUUUUGCAAAAGCAGGUCAGAUGGGGGAUGCUGAAAGGGUUUAUAAGAAGCUGCUCACUACUGGUUUAUAUCCUGACCUUGCAUGCAAUCGUGCUAUGCUGAGAGGUUACAUGGACUACGGACAUGUAGAAGAAGGUAUCAACUUUUUUGAACGAAUUUCUGAGUCUGUGGAGUCAGACAGGUUUAUUAUGAGUGCAGCUGUACUUCUGUACAAGUCUGCAGGAAUGGAACUCAAAGCUAAAGGUUUGUUAGAUUCCAUGAACAGUUUGGGCAUCCCAUUCCUUAAGGACCUUGAAGUUGGAUUGAAGCUCAAAACUUCCUAACAAAUGCUAAUAAAUCAUUAUUAUUAAGGAGAUGAACAAAGGGAUAGAGAAGGAUUCCAAGUGCUUGUUAAUGGAAUGGGAUUUGUUACGAAUAAAUGUCACAGUUGUACAUCAGUGGUGAACAAAUUUUGAGGAAGAUGCUGUAUUAUAUAAUUUAGUGACCAUGGUGAACACACAUAACACAGUUGCUUGUUAGCGGUUUGUGAUGAUGGUGUAGGACUGUGUAAUGCUAAUCCUCAAUGGAUCAUGUGCCAUGGAGCUCGUCUGUCAUAUAAAAACUUGAAAUUGGUGGCUUGAAGUCAUCUUUGACCAUGAAAUGUUAUGGGCAAUUCGUAGAACUUGCGAAUCUUGCUGGGUGUCCAUCAUCACAUGAGGAUUAUCGUGUUGGUAUUGAUUGCUUAUAAUGAAUAAGAAGUUCAAUAUCAGAUCCUCAUUACUUAAAUGUUCAGCAUGUGAAAUGGUGACAAAAUGUGGCAUGUUUGCAUACCAACAGUUAAGUGACAGUGGAUUUGGACUUGUCUUGCUAAUCCUCCUUCGAUUAUUAAGUGGCAUAGAGAUUAGUUGUUGGAUGGACCCUAAAUUGGUGGCAUGAAGCUGAAAGGAUAUACAAGGAACUAUUCUCCACCAGUUUAAGUCCUGAUCUUGCAUGUUGUUGGAUCAUUCUGAGAGAUCACAUGGACUACUUCCAUGUGGAAGAAGGCCAUCCCCUGGUUCAAAGAAAGUAUUGUGUAUGCAGAAGCAGAAAGGUUUAUCAUGAGUACAGCUUUGCAAAAGUUUUCAGGAAAGGACAUUGAAGGUGGUGUUUUGAAUUCUACACAGUUUGGAAUGCCAUUCCUGGAAAACCUUGGAGUUGGGUUGAAGCUCAAAAUCCCCUAAAAUAUUUAUGAACUAAUUCUGUGACAGGUUUAUCUACACCAUGACCAAAUGCCGCAUAGAGUGAAUUCCUGACACUGGAAAAAGACUACUGCUGAACAAGUUCCGUUUAGUUGUUAUAAACAAUGCUGAGACGACAUUUGGUUCAGACCAUCAUGUUGCUAAGCUUCCUUUGAUCAAAUUGCAAAGAGCUCUGGCAUUUCUAGACCCAAAUUUGAGAGAGAUGCCAAAUACGUGACAAUUUAAUAUGUUGUUUAAGUGGCAUGACCGUUGCUCGAAGACUGUUGUAUUGCUAAUCUUUUCACGCUGGGGUGGCAAAGAGCUCAUCUAUUUACAAGGUCUUGAAAUUUUGGCUGUAUGAUGACAUAUAUCUAGAUAUGAUCUUGUUUAAUUAUCUCGGGGAUGUGGCGUGACAUCUUAUGUUGUAUCUUGUGCCAAAUGCGUGACAACUGACAAGCAAGAGCGUUCUACGCAUUGUUGGCAUGGUGAAGAUUUUGGCAACAUGAGGUAUCUUUAUUGGGAUGCUGAGGGUGCAGUUGCAUGAGGGAAAGCAGGUUCACAUAGUAGCUGCUGAUCUGAAAGCUUGUUGUGAUUGAGACAUUUUACUUAUGAUUAUAACAUGUUCAUUAAAUUACAGCAGCCGGAACAUAAAUGGCUGAGGUAAAUACAUUAGUCAAAUGCAGAGUUGGGAAAAUAUAUAAUUAGAUUUGGUGCUGAAAACUUAUAUUGUAAAUGAUUGGACAAAACUCUUACACAUUUUCCUGCAAUGGAUAAGUUUUUCUCCUUUCAGGGAU